AUGUUGUCGGUUGCGUUACCAACCAUAUCUUCAGAGCUCGGAGGCUCUUCUACAGAGGCCUUUUGGGCUGGAACUUCGUACCUCCUCGCAUCCACAGUCUUGAUGCUCAUCUGGGGAACUUUAAGCGAUGCCUUUGGCCGACGAAUGAUCAUUCUUGCAGCUCUCCUAGUGUUUGCUCUUGGCACCAUCCUAUGUGGCGUUGCACAUUCUUGGACGAUGAUGCUAGCCGGACGUACUGUACAAGGCAUUGGCGGAGGAGGCAUCGUCUCACUCACAACGAUGCUCGUCACGGACAUGGCGCCUCUACGAGAACGUGCACGCCUAUAUGCUCUUAUCGCCUGCAUUUGGACUGUUGGGACUGCGACAGGGCCAAUCAUUGGUGGCGGCCUGUCUAAGGCGAACACGUGGAGAUGGAUUUUCUGGAUUAACCUCCCCAUUAUCACCAUCAGCUUCAUCGGCAUUGCCUUCUUCUUACGGCUCUCACAGAAACACCGAAGUCUGUCAGAAAAGCUGCGUCUAUUUGACUAUCCUGGCUCGCUGCUAUUCAUUGCCUCAACGACUACUUUCCUGAUACCAGUCACUUGGGGGGGCACCCAGUAUUCUUGGUCAGGUUGGCAAACCCUUGUCCCUUUGAUCCUCGGCGUUCUAGGCAUUGUCCUAUUCGCCAUAUAUGAAUUCAGUAUUACUUCAUCCAAGCUACCGCAAGCUCGUCUCAUUCCCUCAUCCAUCUUUGCCAAUAGAUCCGCAUGUAUCGGCUACGUAUCGAGUACUGUGCAUGGUAUGAUUGUAUACAGUUUACUAUACUACAUGGCCGAGUACUUCCAAACCGUCAAGAUGUACAGCCCCGUCAUUGCUGGAGUCGCAAGCCUUCCUCAAAGUUUGACAGCUGCUCCAUGUGCGGUUGUUGUCGGUAUCAUAGUCGCCGGGACUGGGAAGUACAGGUGGGCAUUGUGGGCUGGUUGGUCCCUCGUUUGCUUGGGAUGUGGCCUCCUUGUUCUCUUGGACACACACACAGCGGUUGCAGAAUGGAUAUUCCUAGGAGCAGUUUCUGGGCUGGGUCUUGGUCUCUUAUUUCCCUCCAUUAAUCUCUCCAUUCAGGCCUCUGUGUCUCAGCAGGAGGCUGGGAUUGCCGCAACAUUGGUCAUUUUCUUUCGUUCGCUGGGUCAGGCACUGGGUGUUGCCAUCGGUGGUACUAUAUUCGACAACCGACUUCGAGCUAACCUCAAGAACAGCGUCGAAAACGCACCAUCAAGCAUUAUGGAAUUGAUGGAGAGGCUGCAUCAGCUGCCGCCAGAUGAUCCAACAUCUUUGCAGAUUCGAAACGCGUUGUCAAGGUCAUUUCACGUAAUCUGGAUUGUCAUGUGCGCCUUUGCAGGGCUAAGCCUCUUCUUGAGUAUCUUAAUGAAGGAGUAUGAUAUGAACCAAGAGCAUCAAUCAGAUCAGGUAUUUUUGCUCAAAGACAUGGGUGGUCCAAGCCCAGAAACGACCGCAGGACAAUCGAGUCGUGUGUGA